AUGCUCUCACGUGUUGCUGCAGUCAAGGCGCCCCGCACACACAACCGUUGCCGCGUGACCGGAUCCAGGGGCAGGAGGAGGGAAGGAAGAGAGAGUGAGCUGCAGAGGCCCAGCAUGUCCCGGCGUGUGUCUACUUCCGCGGUGCUGCUCCUCCUCGUCGUGAUGAUGUUCUGCAGCACCUGCGGAGCUAUAGCUGCAAGGGAGAAUGAUGGCAACAGUGAUUUAAGAAGUGUUCAGGAGUUGCAAUGGGUCGAUCUAUUUGUGCCGCAGACGACGCCUGUUCUGCCGGAAGGUGGAGGUACUCCAGGGACGAAGCGGGAUGCAUUUGUUUCACCCUCUCUUGUCAGUGCUGGUGGAGUAAUUGCUGCUUUUGCCAGAGGCAAAAUAAAUGCCCAAUAUGCCGCUGAUGGUAAAGUAAUUAAGCCACUUUCUUCUGAUGUUUUUGCGGAGUACAUCGACUCUGCGUGGGAUUGGUCCACUCUUGUUGAAAAGGUGAGUGAAAGUACAUGGAAGGCACACACCGUGCUUGAUACAACGGAUGGAACGAAUCGUGUGGGUGUUGUGUUAAACCCCACAACAACAACGAAGGGUAAUAAGGUGUUUCUUCUUGCGGCAAGCUAUGACAGACUCAAUCAGAGUGAUGGGAUUUGGAAUUGGGACAGCCUGGAUCUGAAACUGGUUGUGGGUGAAGUCACGAAGCCCACGGCGAGCGAGCCGAGUGGAUGGAUCACGUGGGGCCCACCCACAUCAUUAAACCAGACAACUUUAAAGACACCCAAAGCUGGAUUGAAGGAUUUUGCUUCUUCUGGUGGCUCAGGUGUUGUACUGGAGGAUGGCACCAUUGUGUUUUCACUGAUGGCGAUGAGUAAAGAAAAUGGUGACGUUUACUCCAUGAUUACUUAUUCGAAGGACAACGGCAGUACCUGGUCGCUCUCUGAGGGCAUUUCCCCCGUGAACUGCACUGAACCCCGCAUCACCGAAUGGGAGGGAUCACUUCUCAUGGUUGUUGAUUGCGAGAGCAGCCAGAGGGUGUACGAGUCGCGUGACAUGGGGACAACGUGGACGGAGGCCAUCGGGACACUUCCAGGCGUGUGGGUCAACUCACAAUCGGAAGACUAUCCGGAUGUAAGCCUGCAUGUGGAGGCCCUCAUCACCGCGACCAUUGAGGGAAGGAAGGUCAUGCUGUACAUUCAGAGAGGGAACUUCUCGGGGGAGGGAAACGCCACUGCGCUCUACCUUUGGGUCACGGACAAUAACCGCUCGUUUUAUGUCGGACCGGUUGCCGUGGACAAUGCUGCGAAGUGGGAGCUCGCCAGCAGCCUGCUGUACUCGGACGGCAAGUUGCAUCUUUUACAACGGAGGGACAGUGGUGAGGGCAGUGUCAUUUCACUCUCCCGCCUGACGGAGGAACUGAAGAAAAUCGAGUCUGUCCUCAGUACUUGGGCGCAAAAUGACGCCUUCUUCUCCAGCUUGUCAAUACCCACGGCGGGUCUGGUGGCAGUUUUGUCCAACGCAUCGGCCAGUGACGACACGUGGAACGACGAGUACCUUUUCCUGAAUGCAACGGUGACGAACGCGAAGAAGGUCGAGGAUGGGUUUCAGUUGACGGAGCCUGACUCCAGGGUAAUAUGGUCCGUGAACACUCCGGAUGAUAAUGUGCGUCAUGUAUCCUUGAGCCAUAACUUCACACUUGUAGCGACGGUGACAAUCGAAAAGGCUCCGAGUGAGGAAGCUCCUCUACUGGGUGCGAUUUUGGGUGACACUAAUUCCCCGCAUACCAUGGGAAUCUUGUAUACGGCGAAUAAGACGUGGGAGACGAUUUUCAAAUACGAGACAAAAACAACAACGGAAAGUGGCACUUGGGAGCUUAAGAAAGAAUACCAAGUGGCACUCAUGCUGCAAGGCAACAAGAGCUCCGUGUACGUUGAUGGCAAGUCGCUGGGGGAGGAAGAAGCGCUGUUAACGAGUGGGAUGCCACUUGAGCUCGCAGGCUUUUGCAUUGGCGCGUGCGGUAUGAAAAACUCUCCUGUGACGGUGAAGAACGUCUUUCUGUACAACCGCCCACUGAAUCCCACUGAGAUGACUGCAAUCAAGGACAGGAAACCCGUUCCAAAAAGAGCUCCGGAACCACAAGCGAGAGGUGUUUCUCAAACCAUCGCAUCUGCUGUGUCUGGCCCAGAGAAAAAUUCCGCAGCUCCAGCGGUGCCAAUGACAUUGAACCCCCAUGCAGUUGAAGAAGUGAGUGAGGGUGGAGCGGCAAGGAGGAAUACCUCUCGGACUGAGGAUGUGCAAUUUGUUGUGCCAGAGGUGAGCUUGAAUUCUGCUGGGAGCGGACUGCUGCCGCUUUUUCUGCUGUUGGGGCUCUGGGGGUUUGCGGCUCUGUGA